GCUGAUGCUAAGGAACCAGCUCCAACACCUGCAGUAGCAGCCAAAGAACCAGAAAAAGCACCAGUCAAAGCAGAACCAUCACCAGUUAAAACUGAUGCACCUGCUAAGACUUUGAAAGUGACUCGUGAAGCACACAAAGCAGCUGAUGUUAAAGAAGCUGCUCCAACACCUGCAGUUGCAGCCAAAGAACCAGAAAAAGCACCAGUCAAAGCAGAACUAUCACCAGCUAAAACUGAUGCACCUGCUAAGACUUCGAAAGUGACUCGUGAAGCACACAAAGCAGCUGAUGUUAAGGAAGCUGCUCCAACACCUGCAGUUGCAGCCAAAGAACCAGAAAAAGCACCAGUCAAAGCAGAACCAACACCAGCUAAAGCAGAAACACCUGUUAAAACUUCAUUAGACAUAGAAGGCCCAAGUUUUGUUCAUCCCGUUCCAAUUGAUCAGAUUAUAAAAAAACCUGGAAGUCAACCUGCUAGAAUUGAUCCACCUUUCGUCCAUCAAAGUGGCGAUAUCAAACCUGCAGCAUCUUCGAUUGAUUCCAAGUCUGAACCUUCAAAGUGCUCUUAAAUUGUCGUCUCUUCUCGAAUGAAACAUAAAAAACAAAUAAAUUUUUGUACUUAAUAAAUUUUCGUAAUAAACGCACAAAACAAUUUCAA